UUUCCGUAAUUCGUAAUAUUCAAUGUGUCAAUGCCAUGUGUGCGUAGUCCCUGGACGUGACAGCUUCGGACGGUCGCUGAGCCAACCGAGCAGCCCAGACGCAUGGAGCACUUUCAGCACCGCCAGUACGGCCACCCCACUACACCAACCCAGAGGAAGAGUCCAUCCCUCUGCCAGUGACAGUGACACCGAGGAAUUCGAGAACCCGUCUUACAAACGAUGAUUUCUUCUACAAGCGCUCACACAAAACUUUUUUUUUUUCUCAGAAAAGGAAUACGUCUGUAUGCUAAUUUCUCGCGAGACUGAAAUACCCCGACAGCGGAGGAGAGAAAUGGAGAGAUGAAGUCUGAAAAGGAGCAAAUGACAGAGAGCAGGGAGAGAAGUAUCGUAGAAAUACAGUUCAGAGAUAUCCAGCGGGACCAGGAGAACGUUACUGCAAGUCCAAAAGUCAAGGAAGAAAAAAAAGAAGUAUUUACGAAGGUUGUCAUACGCCGAUUGCCACCAAGUCUGUCCAAAGACCAGUUGGAGGAACAACUUAGUCCGUUGCCGUCAUAUGACUAUUUUGAAUUCUUUCCGGCUGAUCAUAGCCUUUAUCCACAUCUUUUCUCCAGAGCGUACAUAAACUUCAAAAACCUUGAGGACAUAGUUAACUUCAGGGACCGUUUCGACGGUUAUGUUUUCAUAGACAACAAAGGCCAGGAAUAUCCAGCAGUGGUAGAAUUUGCACCUUUUCAAAAAAUAUCCAAAAAGAAGCUGAAGAAGAAGGAUGCCAAAGCUGGUAGCAUUGAAGAAGACCCAGAGUACAAGCGAUUUUUGGAGACCUACUCUUGUGAUGAGGAGAAAUCUAUGGCCAAUCCAGAAACAUUGCUGGGAGAAAUCGAGGCAAAGACCAGAGAACUCAUAGCUAAAAGAACGACACCUCUGUUGGAGUACAUCAAAAAUAAGAAACUGGAAAAGCAGAGAAUCAGGGAGGAGAAGCGAGAGGAGAGGAGGCGCAGAGAGCUGGAGAAGAAGCGACAGAGGGAGGAGGAAAAGAGGAAACGCAGGGAGGAGGAGAGGCGAAAACGCAAGGAGGCUGAGAAGCAAAAGAAACUCUCUGAGAAGGAAAUAAAGAUCAAGCUUCUGAAGAAGUGUGACCGAGAGGAAGAUCUGGACUCAGACAGACUUAAGGAGAAAGGAGACAGUGGAGAGAUAGACAGGAGUAAAUGGGAAAAGCCAGCCACUCAUGUGAAACCCAAAGAGCACAAGGAAAAAUGGUGCAGAGGUCAGGCAGAGAGCGAUAAGGAACAGCGCGAGGGUCACGGGCGGCGCCAGCGGGACAGAGAGCACCGGGCCCGGGACGAUGAGCGCAAGCGUCAACGCCACCACGACUUUGACAAGUUCACGCGCCGCAAGGACGAGACGAAGUGGGGAAAGGGCUACUGCCAGGAGCGGGCCAAGAAAGAUGGCCACGGGCACCACGCGUACGCCUACUGCCCCGACACCGCAGACAAACUGGGCAACCAGGACAGGGAUGACAUGGGUAGCCGGAAGGAACGGAUCCGGAACAAGUCUGUGUUAGCGCUUCAGGAGAAAAGGACCUCCCAGUCUGAGGGGCUGGACCAGAUAAGAGGGGCUCUGCCAGAGAAGGACCGCCCGGCCAUGCAGCUCUAUCAGCCUGGCGCUCGGAACCGCAAGCGCCUGGGCUCCACUGGCAAGGCCUUCGACUGCCCCGCCCAGUCGCCCGAGCACUGCGGCGACCACUGCUACGACGUCACCCUGGGCACAGGCUCCGAAAAGAGCGGAGAUGAGUAGUUAAUUGGGGCGAGGAGCGGACAUAAGUAGUCCAGAGCGACGACGGUCUUAGCCCCCUCGGUGAAAGACCUCGUUGUCCAUCAUUGCCUGAUUUUUGAUGUUGUUGUUUUUGUUUGUUUGUUUGUCUGGUUUUCCACUGUCACUGUUUGUGUAUAGCACAAUAAUGAAACUCCCUUACUGUAGCUGUAUCAACUCGCCCAGUGUACCCAAGAGUGUACAGAUUCUGGGGCAGGAUAGGUAGUUUGUUGGUGGUGCUGUAGUGUUGAUGUCUGACUGUGUUGCCUGACUUAAAGGUAUAGUAGAUUUAGAUUCCAUGAAGUGCCACAUCAGUGGCUUGACUUGUGGAGGAAUUCUCUGAGGUAGCACAUGUUAAACUGUCCAUUUACUUUCACCUGAGAUUGAAUACCUCAUCGUAAAUAUAGCAGAGGAAUUAUUUAUAGGCCUUUUGUAGUCAACUGCAGUGGAUUCCGUGAAAUUGUAGACUUUGUAAAAAAUGAUGAUUUUAUCACAGAGAAAGUAAUAUUUGAGGGGGGAAAAAAUCAUAUUUAAAAAUGACAAAUUUAUGGAUCCGUUAUUUGUCUGGUAUUAUGUACCAGUGGGUUUAAUAAUAUUGUUUUUUGGAAACACACAUACCUGUGUGUGCCUGUCUGAUUGAGAGAAUGAAUGUGAGAGGGUGAAGAGGAAGACCUCUGUGUGUUAAUGUCCCUAGAUUAUGUAUCUGUAAAUAUGAUAAGAUUCUCUUUGAUUAUAAUUUUACGCGUGUAACCCUUUGUUUAUCAUAAUUGUUUUGGUGCUCUAAAGUGGCCUGCUGUAAAACCAUCUUUAUUUAAAAGAAGACUAAACACAUAGUGACUCCAGGUGUAUGUAUGCAGUGCAAGAUUUGACAAAAGUAUUUGUUCUGCGAGCCAAGAAGAACAAAACUUUUUUUGUUUAUUCAUGAAGACAUGUUGGAUUUCAAAAUAUAUUGAAGAUGAUAAUGUUUUAGGUAUCAAAAUUGUUUGGAUUUCUACAAAGCAGUGAAACAUGUAAUGUACCUUGUGUAACAUGCCUUAGAUAUGAUUUUUGCACAUGGUAUUAUCAAAACAAUUACUGUUAAAUAUAUAUAUUACAGGGUUCAACAGACAGAAAGUCUGUUAUUGUGUAUUGGUUUAUCUCCUUCCAGUUUGGGGUUUGGGGAAAUUGACAAAGCAGGAUAUCUUUUAGAAAACAUGAAAUAAAAUUGAAUUACAAUAUUAACCCA